GACUCGACCUAUCUUGUUUACCUUCUUCACUCCCGCAAUGGACGACGCGCGACUAUCCAGAGUCGUCGGGCGGCUCCAGAAUCUUCCAUCUAUCGCGCUGCCGACCGACUACCCCCGCCCAUCCGGCUCGAACAAGGUCAUCGAGGCCACACACAUUGCCGAGUUUUCAGAUCAGACAUCUCUGUCCCUGCUCAAGCUCGCGCUAUACGACGAAAGCGAACAUGGGGAUGUAGACUCGGAGGGGGAGGGAGCGGGCUCCCAGGCGCCCUCUGCGUUCCACCUGCUGCUUGCGGCUUUUACGGUUCUGCUGCACAGAUACACAGGCGACACGGACAUCGUUAUUGGGUCGUCGUCCCCCACCGCGCGCGAUCCGCUAGUCCUGCGGCUGCCUAUCGAUCCCUCGGAUCCGUUCUGGUCUGUCGUUCGGCGGGUGCAGCUUGUGGAAAAAGAGGCUAUCGAGGAUGCGGUUCCGUUCGAGAGCAUCACGCGCGAGCUGUAUAGGGAUAAGGAGGAGACUGCGAUGGCGCCUAUAUUCCGUGUCCGCUUCUUUGAUGAGACGGACCAGCCCUCAGAAACUUUCAUUCGCUCGACGAGCGCGACUUCUGAUCUUACUGUCUUCGUCACUCGUCCCCUCGCAUCCACGCGCGCGUCGCUAGCACCGCAGAUCUCUCUGCGGAUACUGUACAACUCCCUGCUCUUUGCGCCGGCCCGAAUCACCUCAAUCGUCGACCAACUGUCGGUCCUCCUGCGCAAAGUCUCAUCCGCACCACUUUCGCCAGUCGGACACGUGCCCCUGCUCACACCCGCUCAGAAGGCCAAACUGCCGGACCCGGUAGCGGAUCUGGACUGGUGCGGCUGGAAGGGCGCGAUCACGGAUGUGUUCUCGAGCAACGCGCGGCAAUGGCCCGACCGGCCCUGUGUGGUGCAAAGCAUCCCGGCGGCCUCGCUGGGCGAGGUGCAGGAGAAGGUGACGUUCUCGUACGGCGCGAUCCGCAAUGCUGCGAAUGUGCUCGCGCAUCACCUGAUCAAGGGUGGCGUGCAGCGAGAGGAAGUGGUUAUGGUCUAUGCACAUCGGAGCGUGGAUCUUGUCGUGGCUGUCAUGGCGGUGCUCAAGGCGGGCGCAACGUUCUCUGUCAUCGAUCCGGCCUACCCACCAUCGAGACAGAUUCUCUACCUGCAAGUCGCUCAGCCCCGGGGCCUGGUUGUCUUGAAGGGCGCCGGAACUCUCAACCCCGCUGUGCGCGAAUACCUCGAAUCCGAUCUCAAGAUCCGUGUUGAGGUGCCCGCUGUCGAGGUCUUCCCGAGCGGCGAGAUCGCCGGAGGGAACCACACUGGCGGCGAAGAUGUGCUCAAGUCUCACGCGCAUCUGGGCUCCACCGAUCCCAAUGUGUCGCUGGGACCGGACAGCGUCGGGACGUUGUCGUUUACGACGGGGAGCACGGGGAUCCCCAAGGGCGUGAAGGGUCGCCACUUCAGUUUGACGCACUUCUUCCCCUGGAUGGGCGAGCGAUUCGGGCUGGACGAGACGUCCAAGUUUACUAUGCUGAGUGGUAUCGCGCAUGACCCAAUCCAACGUGACAUGUUCACUCCGCUCUUUUUCGGUGCGCAGCUGCACGUUCCCACCGCCGACGACAUCGGUAUCCCGGGGCGGCUUGCGGAGUGGAUGGCCGACAGCCAAGUCACGAUCACGCAUCUCACGCCAGCCAUGGGCCAGCUGCUUUCGGCUCAAGCCACGCGGCAGAUUCCGACGCUCAAGAACGCGUUCUUCGUCGGCGAUGUGCUCACCAAGCGCGACUGCUCGCGCCUGCAGGCACUCGCUGCGAACGUGCGGAUCAUUAACAUGUACGGCACGACGGAGACACAACGGGCCGUGUCGUACUUUGCGCUGCCGCCCGUCUCGGAGGACCCGACGUUCCUGGCGACGCAGAAAGACAUCAUGCCGGCCGGCGCAGGCAUGAUCGACGUGCAGCUCCUCGUCGUCAACCGCAACGACCGCAGCGUGCCGUGUGCAGUGGGUGAGGUCGGCGAGAUCUACGUGCGCUCAGGCGGGCUGGCAGAGGGAUACCUCGACACCGCGGCCAGUGCGGAGAAGUUCGUCGAGAACUGGUUUGCAGUUGAUGCCCCGCCGCGCAGAGACACGAUCAGGCAUCCUACUGCCGGGGCGCUUCCCGGUCCGGAGGCCCGUCACUGGAAAGGCGUGCGGGACCGGAUGUAUCGGUCUGGGGAUCUGGGACGGUACCUGCCCGAUGGGACGGUGGAAUGUACGGGACGGGCGGACGAUCAGGUCAAGAUUCGCGGGUUCCGCAUUGAACUGGGCGAGAUCGACACGCACUUGAGCCAGCACCCGCUGGUGCGCGAGAACGUCACGCUUGUGAGGAGAGACAAGGACGAGGAGAAGAUCCUCGUCAGCUACUUUGUGCCGCUCGAUGGCCCCGCUUUGGCAGGGUACGCUAGUGAGGUCACGGAUGGCGAAUCGGAGAAGAGUCUUGUUCACGGAAUCAAGAAAUACCGACGGCUCAUCAAGGAAAUCCGAGAGCAUCUCAAAAAGAAGUUGCCCAGUUAUAGCGUCCCUACCUUGUUCGUCCCUCUCGGCCGCAUGCCUUUGAACCCCAACGGCAAGAUCGACAAGCCAGCACUUCCCUUCCCCGAUACGGCGCAAGCAGUUACGACUAUCUCGACUGCCUCCGCCAAAGUCAAUACCAGCGAGGAGAAACUGCGUCAAAUCUGGGCAUCAAUGCUUCCCAAUGCGCCGCAGCCUAUUCCGACGGACGAGAGUUUCUUCGAUCUCGGAGGUCAUUCCAUCCUGGCCACCCGUCUCAUCUUCGAGAUUCGCAAGGCCUUCGUUGUCGAUGCUCCCCUCGGGCUGGUCUUCGAUCGGCCGACGAUCGCCGGACUGGCUGAUGCAGUGCAGUCUCUGCGUAACGGGGAUCUCGGGCUGUCGUACAAGAACCCAGAUGUCGCAUCGUCCGACUCGCUUACCGUUCCCGGUGCGCAGGCCAGCCAUGCGGCAACGCUUGAGUACGGCGAGGAUCUUGAUCGGCUCCUGCCGCAUCUGCAAGACGCGUACUCAGAGCUGCCGAGCGACUAUCACACCAAGCCGUUGACUGUGUUCUUGACGGGGGCGACUGGAUUCUUGGGGGCAUUCGUGCUCAAGGAUCUGCUUUCGAGAGGCUCGCGUGUGCAGAAGGUUAUUUGCUUGGUCCGUGCAAGCGAUGUGCAGCAGGGCUUGGAACGCCUGCGCACGGGCUCUACUGAUCGCGGGGUCUGGGAUGAGGACUGGGUGACCAGUGGACGGCUCGAAGUGGUCAAGGGCGAUCUCGGCGUUGCGUACUUUGGGAUGGGCAAGGAUGUCUGGGCUCGGGUCUCGGAGGAGGCAGACUCGAUCAUCCACAAUGGUGCUUUGGUGCACUGGGUAUAUCCGUACGACAAGCUUCGAUCUGCAAAUGUCCUGGCGACACUCACUGCGAUCGAUCUAGCGUCCGAUGGCAAGCAGAAGCUGCUUGUUUUCGUGUCGUCCACCUCGGCUGUGGACAAUGACCAUUACGUGCGACUUUCGGAUUCACUCGUGAUCGGGCAUGCGCGCGGGAUCCCCGAGAGCGAUGAUCUCGAAGGUGCGCGUUCGACCCUGAAAACUGGCUACGGUCAGACCAAAUGGGUUUCGGAGAAGCUCCUUUUCGAGGCAGGGCGGAGAGGAUUGCAGGGCCACAUCGUCAGGCCUGGAUAUGUUGUUGGCGACUCGCAAACAGCCGUCACUAACACAGAUGACUUCCUCUGGCGUCUGGUCAAGGGCUGCAUCCAGCUCGGGCUCGUUCCCGAGAUGAACAAUUCGGUGAACAUGGUCCCUGUCGAUCGUGUUGCACGGACGACCACCCUCGCGGCGCUUGCACCCCUUUCCGAUGCUUCGCUCUCUGUUCUGCACGUGACAGCUACGCCCCUGCCGUCGUACAACGACUUGCUCACUCCCCUGGCGUCGUACGGCUACAAGAUCUCGCAAUGCGAGUACAUCCUCUGGCGACGGGGGCUUGAAAAACAUGUCAUGCAGACUCAGGACAAUGCCCUGUUUCCGUUGCUGCACUUCGUCCUGGACGAUCUGCCAACGAGCACCAGGGCACCUGCAUUGGAUGAUACCAACACCCGUGCUCUGCUGCGGGCUGCAGGCGACGAAGAGGAGAGCACCGUGUCGGAGGACCUCAUUGGGAAGUACCUCGCUUGGCUGGUGCGCGCAGACUUUCUCCCGGCGCCGUCUGAAACUGCCGCGGAGAAAUCUCUGCCUGUCUUGAGUGGCGGUGUGGUGCGGGCUGCGGGCCGAAGUGGAAAUUAACUCAAUUCUUUGUGUAAUAAAAUAAUGUACAUUGCGCAUAUAUCGUCCAGUUUUCAUGGCAAGAUCGUACAGCUACCGUACGCCGAUCCACGUACGAUUUUUUUUGCCCCAAUAUAUUUCCCAUCAUUUCGGCAAGGAGUGCACCACGAUCAAUUUCCUCGCCUCGACUCGCCACCCUUUCUCUCUCCUCUCCCUGCUUUCGUUCAUGUCCACCAACACGGUUGAAAAGAUGGAGUCCCACGAGCAGGUCGACGUGGUUAUCCCAAACCUCUCGAUGAAGGACUUGCUAUCCUGCAUUCCCGCGCAUUGCUUCGAGCGCUCGACUCUGCGCUCGACAAUAUAUCCCGUAUGGGAUUUGAUCGUCAUAACGUGCUUAUGGAAGCUCGCCGGCAUCGCUGACACGUACACCGUCGCGUUGCCAGCAGCCUACCGCUCUCUGGCGAGUUUCUCCAUCUGGUCCUUGUAUGGGUUUUUCGCAGGCCUCUUUGCGAUGGGUCUGUGGAUCGUCGCGCACGAAGCUGGUGAGACAUGGGGUAUGUCGGCGUGUCAAGAACAGACCCGCUGUCCUCCUAACGCUGCUCUAGGCCUACAGUUCCCACAAAAGCAUCAACAAUUUUGUCGGAUGGGUGCUUCAUUCUGGUGCGGCGUUAAACUCUAUUCUGACAUCUUUUGUGUGUCCACUUUCAGAUUGGGAGUUCCAUACCACUCGUGGCGCAUCAGCCACGCCCAGCACCACGCUGCGACAGGCCACAUGACCAGAGACCAAGUCUUCGUUCCGUGGACGCGCUCGGAGAUGGGUCUGCCCCCUCUCGACCUUGCGAAAGAUGACCUCCGGGGUGGGAAUGUCUCGGCGGCCGUCCAGGAAGAGCUGUGGGAGGCGUUGGGAGAUACGCCGAUCGUGACGUUUGCGCGAUGUGCCUUCUAUUUGAUUGUUGGGCUGCCCGCGUACCUCGUGUGCAACCUCGGUGGCCAGCUUCGCUACCCGCAGGGCACCAGCCACUUCCUCCCCUCUUCCAUCAUAUUCGCCAAGCACCAAUACGACCAGAUCGUGCUGUCCGACCUCGGCAUCGUCAUCUGGCUCGGCCUCAUCGCGCUGUCCUGCAACCACUACGGCUUCAGCACCGUUCUGCGCGUCUACCUUGUUCCGUACUUGUGGGUGAACCACUGGCUGGUGCUCAUCACCUUCCUGCAACACACCGACCCGUUGACUCCCCACUACCGUGCCGAGAUGUUCACGUUCCAGCGCGGCGCACUGUGCACUGUCGACCGCAGCCUGCUCGGCGAUUUGGGCUCUGUCAUGGGCUGGUUGGGUGCCCAUGCCACGCACGGCAUCUCGGAAACGCAUGUGCUGCAUCACGUCACGAGCAAGAUCCCUCACUACCAUGCAUGGGAGGCCACGUACGCUCUCAGGAAACGGUUGGCUGCUGCAGGCAUCCAUCUGGUUGGGCGGCCGGGUGGCUGGGCGGAGGUGUACCGAGUUAUGCGCGAAUGCAAGUUUGUGGAAGACGAGGGCGGUGUCGUCUUCUAUAAGAAUGCCCGUGGACUUGCUGCUGCACGACCUGUAAUGCCGUCCAGCAGUGAUGUCGAAGACUCUGGUGUCGAGGUUGAUUUCAAGGACAUGUAGACGCUCGUUGGUCGAUUCGGUUUUUGUGCGGGGCUGUCGCUGCGAAGUCUCCGAAACUGUCCACCCUCCUCUCUUUUUUGCGCUCACUCUUUUUUGGUGACUAGAACGCGACGUAGAAAGUACUAUAAUCUCGAGAGCUGGCUCGCUGCUAUCACUUUAGAUCACUUUUGACUAGAAUAAUUCGAUACAAAUUUAUGUUAUGUACACGUCAAGAACGAAGAUCCCGCACUCUCAACGCUCACGCCCUAGAUAUCGAUCUGCCUGUUAAGACGAGUCGGAUCAAACGCUGGCGUCGGUUUGGCGCUUGUGAUAAGCUCUGGCCAGAGAUUUUUGGGUAUGCUACACUCACUUUGCUGGGCUAUGGUCAAAAAUCCACAAGUUUCGAGGGCUCCUCGAGCCGCCAAAAGCCUCAUUGGCCUGCACCGGCCCAAAUACAAGUCACGAGCCAAG